GGAGGGACAGAGAAGCAAAGAAAAGAGGGAAGAAAGAGACUCAGUGCUCGUGGUAAGCCAAGUUCUUCUUAGCGCUCGUACAGCUACAAAGGCUCUCACUCUCUCUUUCUGCCUCUCUCUCUUCCACACACACAUAGACAGACACACACUUCACCAGAUCACACACACUCAAAAACACAAAGCAGAAGUGGACAAAGACACAAAGUUUCAGUCGCUACAGUCGGCUAUGGCGCAGGGCUCUGACAGCAAUGACACAAGUUACAAGUCCCCAUCACCUGGAAGCAGACAGAGCUCAGACGACCCAAAGAAGGUGAUGCGCCGCGAGAAGAAUCGAAUCGCUGCCCAGAAGAGCAGGUUGAGGCAAACUCAAAAAGCUGACAGCCUUCACUUGGAGAGUGAGAACCUGGAGAAGGAGAAUGCCGCCCUGAGGAAGGAGGUGAAGCAGCUGACAGAGGAGGCCAAGUAUCUGUCGUCUGUGCUGAGCAGCCACGAACCUCUGUGCACCGGCCUGGCUCCUCAGACCCCGGACCUCCUGUAUCCUCCUCAUCACAGCAGUUACAGCACCAGCCAAAAGUUUGGGGUGUAUCCAAACUUUUGACUGGCACUGCACCGCCGCCAGCAAAUCGCUGUACCACACUACCAGCGCUAACCCCCUCCCCCCCCCAACUGACUACUGAAGAUGUACUGCGAAACAGACGACUGACCUCAAUGGAGAGAGACUGACUGGAGAUAUUUCAAUCAGUGUUAAAAACCUGAUCACAGAGUAACAUGACAGACCAACGUGUCUGCCACACAUGGCAGCCAAACUGUAAUUAUUUAUUUCGCUUCUGCUCGUCUCUCUGCUUUUCUGAUUUAUUAUCAGUGAUCUGUCUGUGAACUUAAAUGGCUCAUUGAAUAGAAUUACCAGCCAGUCCAUGUUUACACAGAGUGAAGAACCAACCGAGUAUAUAAAUAUUGAGGUGACUCAGGCGAUAUUUUUGUAAAUUGCAUACUUUUAGUGUGAAGGAGAGCCACCUUUAUCAUCUCACACACCUUGUUUUGUUUUUGUUUUUUUGUUGUUGUUUUUUUUGUUUCUGUUUUGUGUGUGUGUAUGUUUCUUGUGUUGUUCACUGUUUUAGUGUGUUACUGUUGAUUGCUAAUUCUCAGGACCUUUUGACAGAUUUGAUUGUGGACAAAGAGAAUGUAAAGUCAAGAUCCUAAGAAAAGAGAGGUUUUUCAGACUGUGUACCAAAACAAAAAGCAAUUGUUGACGAUGAAGAAUUGGAACCUGGCGUUCAAAAGGUCUUGACUUCUGUUGAUAAAGCUGAUAUGUGAGAAGAGCCAGCUGAUAUAUUUAUUAAAUGUAAUGCCUUUUAGGAUGAUCACUGUGACCUCUUUUUCUUUAAGACAGCAGAGUGUGUGACACCUCCAGGGGUGCUGUGGUGUCACAUUAGCUUGUGACAGCAUCCUGGAGGUCCCUAGAUGGCACUGUUUACCAGCAUGAGAUGCACGAUUAAAGUAGCUUAUAUUAAGGAGAACAUAGUAUUUUGAAGACUUCCCUGUAUAACUUUACUUUUUAAAAACUUUGAGUGUGUGUGUGUGUGUGUGUGUGUCCUGGAGCACAGCUGAGCCUCUCGUGUCACCUCUCAGCCAGUUAUUUCAUAACUGCCGGCCCAAAAUAAAUGAUGUUAUCUGCAAUGCUUUUAGAGUAGGAAACAACUGCAAUAAAAGUGAUGAUUACCA